AUGUCUCUGACACCAACUAAUGAAAUAUUGUUUCAUUACAAGUCUUCAGUGAAGGUUGGUGAACUUGAGAGAUAUGUAAUUACUUAUCAUCUUUAUGACGGUGAGGAAAUUCCACCAGAUUUGAAUUUAAAUUCCUUGUGGUUAAAGGUGAGAAAUAUGAAUCCGUUAUCGUAUAGAGCUGCGUACCUAAUGGGUCCAUUCAUGCUUUAUUGCGAUGUAAAAACUGCCCAAUAUCAUCAUUCCCAAAAAAUAGUUGCUUCAGUUGAUUACCCCAAAUUUGAACCGAAUGUGCAAACUCAACAAGAUUUCGUGGCUGAACUUUCAGUACAUAACAUACGACAGAAAUACGUAUGGAUUGCUGAUGUGAUGAGUCAAAUAUUGUUCACUACAAAUACGAACGUCACUUACGAAGUCACUAUUGGAACUAGUAAAGAGUCAGUAGAAAAUCCGCAUGAUCUGCCAUCUCAUCUAGGUUCUUAUAGCCCUAAACUUACAGUGAACAGGUUAACUACCUUGGAUUUGUGGAAUCUUCCCGUUCAGAUUACCACACCACAGAAAAAGAAACAUCUUGUAGUUUUGACACAUGGUUUACAUUCUAAUGUGUCGACCGAUCUAGUGUAUAUUAUGGAACAGAUAUACAAAGCACAAAAGAAUUAUCCCCACGAACAAAUUGUUGUGAAAGGUUAUAGGGGAAAUGUCUGUCAAACUGAGAAGGGAGUUAAGUAUUUAGGUACUCGUUUGGCCGAAUAUAUUAUCCAGGAUUUGUACGAUGAAUCCAUCCGCAAGAUUUCUUUUGUAGGUCAUUCAUUGGGUGGCCUAAUCCAGGCUUUCGCAAUAGCGUACAUUUAUGAAGUCUACCCUUGGUUUUUUAAAAAGGUGAAUCCAAUAAAUUUUAUUACUUUAGCUUCACCGCUUUUAGGUAUAGUCACAGAUAAUCCCGCCUAUAUUAAAGUACUACUUUCAUUCGGGGUUAUUGGAAAAACAGGUCAAGACUUGGGUUUGGAAAAUGAUGUUGAAGUAGGCAAACCGCUUCUCUACUUGCUAUCUGGUCUGCCCUUGAUAGAGAUUUUGCGUAGGUUCAAAAGGAGGACAGUAUAUGCGAACGCUAUUAAUGACGGAAUUGUCCCAUUGUAUACCGCAUCGCUAUUGUUCCUAGACUAUAAUGAUAUCUUGGAGCAAUUACAGAAACUAAAGGAGAACAGCAAAAAAUCACCGCUAAUAAAUGAUGCUUCAACACCUGUGAAUCAAGAUUUCUUCAAUAAAACUUUCAUUUCGCCUCUGACUAAAAUGUUGAGUAUACUGGCGCCACAAAAGUUUCCUACGGAGAAUGGUUCCGAAAUUCCUAAAGUAUCAUUUUUCGAGUCAGCAAGCUCAAUUCUCCUUCCUCCUUUACCUGAAAGAGCGUACAUAAUGGAUCCAGAUUCAAGAGAUCCUGUAAUUAUUCAUGAUAAGAUAUACAAUGAGGAUGACAUUCCACAAUCCGAAUUUGAUAUCGAAGACGGUUUUUUUGGUAAAAAGAAUAUACUCCUUCAGGCUUUUUUUGCAGGAAAGAAAGAACGUGCGAAGUAUCGAAAUUUGGAAGAAACGAUUGCUCGAAGGUGGCAUGAAGGAAUGGCAUGGAGAAAGGUUGUCGUUGCUUUAAAACCUGACGCUCACAACAACAUUAUAGUCCGAAGAAAGUUUGCCAACGCAUACGGUUGGCCCGUUAUCGAUCAUCUGAUAGAUGUCCACUUCAAUGGUGAUGACGAUGACGAUAACGAUGAAAAUGACGAUAUCAAUUCCACACAAGUUGUUGAACCUAUUCAGAGCGUAACCGAAGGAAAGAAAAAGUAUAGGAAAGCUGAAAACAUUCCUCAAGAAUAUGGAUGGUUGAAUAAGGUUGAAACAAACGGAGUCUUUGACGAAGGUCCUACGGGAAUGAUAUCAACUGUUGGUGAAAUAGUCGAGGCGUUAGCUAAAAGAGGAUUUAGCGCCGUAAUCGACAGGAGAAAUGCCUCGGAAGAUCCGAAUGAUGAGGUCCUUCGGUUUGAAGAAAUGAAUAGUGAUUUGGUACAAUGA